UGUGAAUGUACUAGCCAACACACUGAGCCGUAUAUUAAGACACCAUCACUCGUCAUCAAAAACGGCUCGGUUGACGUACGUCAAAAACUUCCCUUGCCGAAGUUCUGACAUAGUUACGUCACAAACUCUCACAUUGGCCGCCUCAAUCUCAUAAAUCGUGGGCGAAUAGCUAGCUGUUUGUUUUGAUUCGUGAGAGCUAGACCAACCUGGCUGGGAAAUUAUUCGUGACGUCAGUUGUGAACGAACCUGAUAUAAAUAAUGACUAGUCGCUUGACCACAGUUAUAAUCGCAUUUAGUUCGAGGUUUGUCAUUUGAACCCGGGUUUGAGUCAGGUGUAACUGAAAAGUUUCAUAGAAAGAGCUUCGACUUUUAAGAAAAGUUUCAAAGGAUAUUGUGCAUGGUUAACAAGCUAGUUACCACCAUAUAUAAUAAUGGUUCGCUUAGCAUUAAUGAUGGUUGUUUUAUGUGUGGUCAUUCCACCUACAGUACAGAGAUCAUGUGAAAAUGUCAUCACAAGGGAGCGUUGUUUCAAGGACUGUUGUGGGAGGUCGGUUUUGUUUUGCAUCGACAGUUGUGUUGGCUUACGGUGUUCCCGUUCAUUUGAAUGCGAUAGCAGCUGUUGCAGGAAUGGAACGUAAGUAAAAAAUAUUUCCUUUCAUUUGCCUUCAAUUAUAACAACUGCCGUCAUUUUAUUCAUUUUUAACAACACAAGUAGAUGCACGUUCGCCACGCAUGACUGCGCUCGAGACGUCAGUGUUUUUGAAAACCUUCGUUUUUUCACGUGCAGACUAUAUUCAAAGUGCUUCCUUCUCAGCAGAAGUCUCCACUUUGAAAAACAGAUCGGCAAGCGUAUCGAUAAUCUUCAUGCAGUUAUAUGUCCGAAGGCGAGAGUUUGUAUAUCCGCGAAUGUUGUAAAUGGCUUGUGAAACGUCUUAUUCAUGAGAACAUUCGUUAUCGUAUUCUUCAACAAUUUAAAAUAAAUUAAUAAUAUUUGGUUAAAAAAUUGAACUUAAUGUUUAUGUGAAUCAGGUUUAUGUGAAUCAGCAUGAUUCUGUAUCAGAUACACAAUGGCUCAUGAUUUCUUUUGUGAUUUCUUCAUGAAUUAUAUAUAAUUUAAUAGGUCUUUAAAGGCACAGUACAGCCUGUUGAGCGAUGGUUUUUAAGGCACAUUUCAGCCCUGUUAAUUGAAAAAACUAACUAGGAAAAUCAAUUAAGCAUAAUUCAAAAUCAGUAAACUCGAUGUUUUUAACAAUAUGAAUGUUUUAAAAUGUUAAAAACAUUAAGAUUGGUGAUUUUGAAUUAUGCUUAAUUGAUUUUCCUAGUUAGUUUUUUCAAUUAACAGGGCUGAAAUGCGCCUUAAAAACCAUCGUUCAACAGGCUGAACUGUGCCUUUAAUAGUCUGGCUUAGAUUAGAGUAGCAUAAUCUAAAAAUAGGUACGCUGUAGCGUACAUGGCGUCUGCUGGAUCAAAAACAAAGAAUGCGUAAUGAUGAAUGUUAAAACAAUUUAUCGUAAACAGUUCGGAAACUUUCGUAAACGCGCGGGUUUUAACCUAACCAAAGAGCCUGUUCGCAGGAGAAGCGAACCGUGCACUGCAUACAUAUAUCUGAACUUCUUGGCGACAGCAUACGGCGACUACUGUUCCAGUAGACGCCCAAAACCAUGUGUUCUAACUGAUCGUAAUUAAGCCUGGUUUCCAUAUGGUCGUAAAGUCACGAUCUUUCUCAACGGCCAGUUUAUAUUAGUAUAAACCUACUAGUAGGCUAUCACAUAUCGUGCCUUCUGAUUGGCUACGCUACUAGUAGGCUAUUAGUGAUAGCCUACUAAUAGAAAAUUCAAAAUGGCGGGAAAUUCGCGUUUUGCACUUUUGCCGAAGUGUCUGAUGAUUUUUGGAUGACUUGUUGAACAAUUCUGUACUAAAAAACCCCGAAAAAAGCAACACAAAUAUGGCCGGAAUGGCAAUUUUUAAGGGUAAGAAAAUAGACAAAAUAACAUAAACUCAAUGAAAUUUUAAAAUUAGAACUGAAUUUUGUAAAACAUUUUUACGCGAACAAAAACUAAAAUAUUUGUUUACCUUUAAUGGUUUUAUGGGGUUUUUUUGUGUAUUUUUGUAUUGUGUUUGCAGCGUAGUUGUAAAUUAAUGUUAAAGUUUAUACUAAAACAAUUAGACAACUCGGCCUCGUUGUCUAUGAGCAAAUAGUCAACUCGGCUUCGCCUCGUUGACUAUUCGCUCAUAGACAACUCGGCCUCAUUGUCUAAUUGUUAAAUAGUUUAUACCUGUAAACCGCAUAUAAACUGAUAAGUAUUCUCAUAUAGUUAUAACCACUCCUCGUAUUUUCAAUUCUAAAAUGUUGUAUUUCGGCUGAUGAGAAAGAUCGUGACUCAAUCUUUACGACCGUUACGACCAUAUAGAAACCAGUUAGUGAAAUUGAUUCACGGAAUGAAUUGUUCGUUUUAGUUGUACUAACAAGUGUGAUACUGACACAUCGAAUACCUCGGAGGCAGAAUGGCUCAAAUAUGCAGCUCCUAUUCUGGUUGUAAUCUUGAUAGUUCUGUUUUUCGUCUGGAAAUACUGGUGGGGACCGAAACUUCGCCGUCAGGCAGCAACCCCAGCCGCUCAAGGUACUGAAAAUUUCCAAUAAAAUAAAUAAUACUAUCUCAAGGUACUGAAAAUUUCCAAUAAAAUAAAUAAUACUAAAGAUAUUUAGUUUCGAAGCGUAUCAUCAUCAUCAUCAAUCAAUUUUAUUUAAAAUCAAGAACACGCUAGCCUCGCACAACUAAAAGCUGAUUUACAGGAGGGGCGUGAUAUAUAAAACAGUAGAAUAUAUGGAAUAUUAUAUAAACCCCCCAACCUCCCCCCAACAACAAAUUGAGAAAAAUAAAGUCAAGUAAAGUAAAUAAAGAGAGUUAACUAUAAUUAAGUCAACAUGGUUCUUAAAGGACAGUUCCGCAAUACUACGCUUAAAUUGACUGAGCGAAGUCGCUCUUUUUGCAUCUAAUGGAAGAUUAUUCCACAGCAUUGAUGCGCUAUAUUUAAAGCUUCUCUUCAAAAAAUUAGUUUUUGGUUUUGGAAGUGCUAGAUCCGUUUCCUGAUUUCGUAAAUUAUGGCGUCUAUUAAGUUCACUAAGUCUUACAAGGCUUUCUCUUAAACAUGGCGAACAAUUUUCAUUAAGGAUUUUAUAUAUUAGGAUACUCUUCAACUUAGCCCGCCUAACAUGUAGAUUAUCCCAUCCUAAACCUUCCAAAAGAUCACUUGAUCUAAUCCUAUCAUCAUAUCUUGCUCCAGUGAUAACCCUAGCCGCACGAUUUUGUAAUAUUUGCAAUUUAUCUUUUAAUAUUUUAUCGCAUGUAUCCCACAGGGGAGAGCAAUAAUCAAAAUACGGUUGAAUUAAUGAUUUGUAUAAUGUAACAAGAGAGGUCUGCGGAACGAAUGGUUUAAUUCUCCUCAAUGCUCCUAUGCCUGAACAGAUCUUCUUGCAUAUUUCUUCAAUAUUGAUGUCAAAAGUCAAUCUCUCAUCAAGAUCAACUCCCAAACAUUUAUUCGAGACAACAGGUGAAAUAUAUAUAUAUAUAUAUACGUAUAUGUCCGCUUCUAACACUAUAAAUGAUUUAUUCAAUGUCGAUCACACAAGACCUGGUUUAAGUACGACCAGAUUUUUCCAAGCAGUUAUUGUCGAGAAUUUUUUUACCAAAUUAAUUUCGUCCGCACCCGGUUUGAUAAAAAAUUUUAGUAACAAUAUACAGCAAGAAGAGAACGCUCUACUUGGCCCGGCAGGGAUUCGAACUCACGAGGGCCUUUAGCCCGCGUGCAGAGGGCCUUCGGUUUACCAGUCCGAUGCUCUACCGACCGGAGCUACAUCAUGCAAUUCAAGUUGGGAGCUAGCUGGUCGUAGAAUGAUGGUGAUUUCAAAGGUUCGUCGAAACAAUAAUUAGUGUUAUCUGGCUUCGACAAGGCAAGCAGGUUGACUAGGUUGUAAUCUCGAAUAGUGUACCGAAAUUUUUCGAAGAAAAUCUUGUUACUACAUUUUUUCAAAAAUUGACAAAAUUUUACCAAAAGUAAAAUAUUCUACCAAUCUACCAUGACUGCGUCAUGGUUGUCCAAUAGACCUUGCCUUGCUUAUGGCGCGAUCGUUUCGUACUGCAGUCAUUUCAGUUCGCACUCAACUGCCAAGUUUCAGAGUGCCCCUAGUUUUUAAUGCUUGACACGAGAGUAUUUGUGCUUUUCAGGAAAUGUACCGCGAUGGUGAUUGCUUUCAGAACCAACGACGAGCAACAGUCAACCGACCAGACAGCUUCAAGCAAGUGAUGGCAUAAGCUCCUCUUUUGACAAAGUUUUACCUUCUCAGCAAUGUCAUAUCUUCAUUGCUUUUAUAUUUUGUAUAUAAUUUCACUAUAAACCUAGCGAGUGGCAAAGUCAGAAAUGGUGACACAUUUCAGAAUUUCUGCCAAUCGAUCAGAAAACCCGUGUGCUAGGAUAAUCAUAUUAUUGUCAUGCAAUAGACUCUUCCGGGAAACAAGCGAAAGGGCUUUAAAGCCGAAGCCCUUGGCUAUAUAGGCCGUUUCCGUGACUGAGAUAUCGGCUUUAAAGCCCUUUCGGCUUUCGCUUGUUGCUGAUGAUCUAAGUAUAUAAAGAUCUUUUAUAUCAUCUAUAAUACAACUGCAUGAUUUCGUAAAUCUGUAUGGUAUGGCACAAACUUUAUUUAAAGACGCUAUAGCCGAGUUUGUCGGUUAACCGAGUCAAAUCCGAGCCGGAGUCAAAUGUCCGAGUCAUAGUUUAAUCGAUGGUCUUUGCAGUUCAAUGACUUAGUACCCUAAUCCUAACCAUAAUCCCACUCCUAACUUACCCUAACCCUAUUCAACUGUGAAUUUUAUUCAAUUUCGGAGUUUGUCGGUUACUGACUGACUCAAAUCCGAGUUCCAGUCAAAUGUCCGAGUCACUGUUUAAUUGUUUUUGUCGGUAAAAUGACUUAGUUAGGGAACCCUAAACCUACUCCUAACCCUAUUCGACUGUGAAUUUUCUUCACUUUCGUCUUUUUUUACGCGACUCGGGCGUUUGACUCGGGCUCGGGACUGACUCGGACUCGGAUUUGACUUGGUAAAUGGAUAUACUCCGCUAUAGCCUCGUCAACAGUUUGUUGAUUUCCAGGAGUAGCGUCAAACCGUUAACAAGAAUUAUAUACGAGAAUUAAGAAAAUGUACAGAAAUUAUUUAAUUAAUUCGGGUGUGACCCACGUGUAUUACAUACUUGAAACUUUGUUUAAGAAAUACUCUUCUCGGUUUUGCAAGGGCUAAGUCAGAAUGGCCAUUUCUGAGCUCAUAGUUAGGUUGCACAGCAUUUAUCCUUAUUAUAAUGUUUCUUUUAAAGUUCGGUCAGCUGUGAUUAUUCGGCAGGGCUUUGUACAACGAUGUUGAUUUCAGUGGUUGUACGGCGUCUUGUCACUAAAUUAGAGAGUUUGAGCAAGAAAACGAAGUCGGACGACGACGACGACGUGGUUGACAAUUUUUGCCUGUCUUGCACAUUAUCUUGCGCAUUCUGAGUUUAGGGUCAGGAGUAAAGACAGAUUAGAGAUUCAUGUCUAGCUGUUUGUGAAUGCUGACUCAAAUCCUUACCCUGAUCAGUAUAAAACAGCGAGACAUGAAUCCAUAUCCCGUCUUCGUUCUUCUGCCUUCGUUCACAACGAAUAUUUUGGCAAAAUUCGUUGUGAACUUCGUUCUGCACGAAGGCAGAAGGACAAAGACGGGAUAUACAGGGUGUAUCAAAAAAAGCGCAACCUCGG